ACAUUAUAACCUUUCAGUUUCCAAUUUAGCCCCAAUUCCCAGCUCUUCCCUUUCUUCUUCUUCUCAGUGUGAUUCAGUCCAUUAAUGGAGCUUAAUUUCUUCCAAUAUUUACCAUCAGAAAUCACCAGCAACAUCCUCUCACGCCUGCCCAUCCGAAGCCUCGCAGUCAGCAAGUCCGUCUGCAAACCAUGGCUCAAUCUAAUCGAUUCCGACUAUUUCCACAAAUCUGAAAUCAAAACCCCACCCGCCCUAAUCCUCUUGACAGAGAAGACGAUGGAUUCAACUUGGUGCGCGGUUUUCGAAAUUGAAGACGAAGAUGAGAAGAGCCAUGAUUUUCACCACAUUCCGCUCAUGGAUUUGGAAAUCCCUCACGGGAACAGAGGAAUAAUGGGAGGUAUCACUGCUAAUGGAUUGCUUCUUCUCUACCCAGGUAUUCCUGUUUACAUAUGCAAUCCGAUCACUCGUGAAUAUACGGAUCUCGGUUGCCCUGCGGACUGCAUCCCAGGAACAUGGAGGCGUGUUGAAGCCGGCGCUGCUUCUGGUUUCGUAUUUCAUGAUCAAAGCAUUGAAUGUAAUGGCAACAUUCAUUGGAGGGUAUUUGAUUUGUGUGGUGACAUGUGGAUUUGUGGUUUUGAUGUUGAAACGGAAAGUUUUAGGAUCUUCUCCAUUCCUCCCGUGGGAGAUGGAUAUCGAGAUUGGUAUUUGUGUGUUUUAAGGGACUGCCUCUGUUAUUGUUACCCACACGAAAAUGAAAUUGUCAUUUGGAUGAUGAAGGAAUACCAAGUCGAAGAUUCUUGGACCAUAGAGUACAAGUUGAGUACUAUGUUUGAUAUUAACUUUAAUUUGGAUCAUUUGUAUGUUCAUCUGAUUAAACAUUUUAAAGAUGGUGAUAUUUUGAUGAUGCUGGACGAAUAUGAUCUCAUCUACUACUCCAACAAGACAAGAACACUUCAACAAGUCGGUAUGUUUAGGGAUGGAUCGGCGGGUCUCAUUAGACCCCUGAUUUUCACUCCUAGCCUUAUCUCACUCAAGAAUUUUGGAUUUGAGAAUGUGAUCUCGUUUUAGUUCAUAAUAUUUGUCUACAUUUGUGUUCUGUUCAGGUUCUAAUGUUUGUCUGUUGUGUAGUGCUCGGAAUCUAAGGAUUGUUUGUCAUGUAAUGUUUAGGUUCUAAGGUUUCUUUGUCGUGUAGUGUUCGUGUUUGGUCUUAUCAUGUCGAUCCCGACAUACACACUAUAUGUUAGGCCUAGCUAGCAUAUAUAUUUUGGAUGUUGUCUAUAAUAUUGCUCUAUGUAAGGCUACAUUUGUGUUUUGUCGUUAUCCAGUCGUAAUCGUGUAGAAGGUUUCUUUA